AUGCCCUCCCAGCCCCCCUUGUCUCAUGUGGGAGUGAUCGUGAAUCCGUCUGCUCGCCGCCUUGCCUGCGAUCAGUGUCAUGCUCAAAAGCUGCGUUACACAAAACUGGAAAACUGCACUCUGUGUGUUCGAUGUCAGCGAUUGAACCGUCAGUGUAUCUGGAGUCCGCCAUCGCGGAGCGGCCGCCCAGCAAGGACUACCGUGGAAGAAAAGGUGGUCAAGCGCGGCAGCAGCCGCCUGGAUGCGGCGGAGAAGCGUCGCAAACGAUCUUUAAGUGUUUUAGAAUUGACAUCAGAGGAAGACGGUCCAGGAGGUGUGAGAGAGCCCGUUCAUGCCAGCCAGAUCAGUACCCAGCCCAACCUUCCGGCUGUCGAGAUGUCCGAGAGAGUACCAUCUCUGCCUCCAUCAGUUGCCGAUUGGAACAUGUCGGAUAUUUUCAGCCUUUCAAGCCCGCGUUAUAGCUCGCGGGAGAACACUUUCCCAUCUUUAUGGUCACCGGAGAGCGUGCCUCCGCUGCCUAAUUUUACCGACUAUUUUCAGAUGGCCCCCAUGGGGAACCAAGCCAGAACCACCGAGGACACCCCUGCUCCACUAACAGGCGCACCCCAGAAACUGGACUCUCUGCAUGACAUCACGCGAGAGCUCUCCAACAUCAACAUGUCGCUAUUCGACCUGGAACAAUCUCUUCAUGCCGAGCCAUGGGGCGCGAUGUUCGCGUCACCAGCCGCUGUCAUCACGAAACUAAGCACCUGUGGCGGUGACCAAUCCGACGACACGCUCGCUCACGGGUACCCAUUGAUUGAAAUCUUUAACAAAACACAGCACUUUAUCGACAUUGCAAGGCAAACGAGCGUUUACUUCGCCUCCCUGCCCACUCCCCUUACAUCUCGUCCCACUCCCACACCUGAAGCACCAUCGCGCGCCUUUUACCCAGACAGCGACACAUCCAGCCAUGCGUCAUCUCGUUUGUCCCCAUAG